AGUUCAGUUGGUUCCCUUCUCUGCCUUCGUGUGGAAGUGUGUGAAAAACUCGGGCGGCGCAAUUGUGAGAUUCAGUGUGACUUUGGAAAAUUGUUGCUUUUCUCAAUCGCAUUCACAAGAGCGCAAAGUGAGGUGUGCAUGAAAGAAAUCGUGCGAAGAAACUGUUUCGAGUGUUUUUAUUUCGAUUACAUGCCACAAUAGUGCAGCAGUGCAACUGAUUGGUGUGAUUGCAAAAGAGACUAAACUUUAAAAAAAAAUUCAAAGUGUGUACCUUUAAAAGUUUUUUUUUCCUUCAUACUAUUGCUCAAUUUUGUGUCACGUUGAUCUAACAUUGGAAUACACAUAUAUAGUUGAAGGAUUUUAAAUGGCUGCCGCACCUGUGAAGAAAGUUCCAAUUCACCUUCAGAGCUCUCAGAACCGCUUGUACAUCAAACGAGGGCAAGUUGUGAAUCAUGACCAAAUCUUUUCGGCGGAUGUGUACGUGGAGGAUGGGGUGAUAAAAUACGUGGGACCAAGCGGAGAUUUCGUCGUGCCAGGAGGAUGCCGUGUUAUUGAUGCAGCGGGUCGGCUCGUGAUACCCGGUGGCAUUGAUCCACACACGCAUCUUCAGGCACCUUUUGGUGGUACUGUGGCUGUGGAUGAUUUCUAUCAGGGCACAAAGGCAGCCGUGGCUGGUGGGACAACCACCAUAAUUGACUUUGUGCUACCCAACAAGGGGGAAUCUCUGCUUGAGGCAUACGAUCGCUGGCGCUCCUGGGCCGAUCCCAAAGUCUGCUGCGACUAUGGGCUUCACGUGGCUGUCACAUGGUGGGCACCCUCCGUUGCGGAGGAAAUGCGAAUCCUCUGCGAGGAACGUGGUGUGAAUUCCUUCAAGGUGUUCAUGGCCUACAAGGGGCUCUAUCAGCUCUCAGAUCCAGAACUCUAUGAGGUCUUUGAGGUUUGUCGCGAACUGGGUGCUGUUGCGCAGGUUCACGCCGAGAAUGGGGACAUUAUUGCCAAGAAUGUGGAGAAAUUGCUGGGGUCCGGUGUCACGGGGCCCGAGGGUCAUGAAUUAUCGCGUCAAGAGGAGGUUGAAGCUGAGGCCACGUACAGAGCUUGCGUCAUUGCCCAUCAGACCAAGUGUCCCCUUUAUGUGGUACACGUGAUGAGUAAAUCAGCGGGCAUUGAGGUAGCUCGUGCUCGAGCUCGGUACAACAAUGUGGGCAUUUUUGGGGAGACCCUGGCCGCUACUUUGGGCUCAGAUGGACGCAACUACUACCACCAGUGCUUCAAUCAUGCCGCUGGACAUGUGUUGAGUCCACCUUUGCGUCCUGACCCCACCACUCCGGAGUUCAUGAUGAAACUCCUAGCUCAGGAUGAUCUUCAGACGACCGGAAGUGACAAUUGCACCUUUAACAAGGAGCAGAAGGAAGUGGGUAAGGGAGACUUCUCCAAAAUUCCCAAUGGAGUUAAUGGUGUUGAGGACCGGAUGUCUGUUGUGUGGGAGAAGGGCGUUAAUAUGGGAUUAAUUGAUCCGAAACGAUUUGUUGCCGUCACAAGCACCAAUGCGGCGAAAAUCUUCAAUUUGUACCCCAGAAAGGGUCGCAUUGAAGUGGGAUCGGAUGCAGAUAUUGUCAUUUGGAAUCCACAGGCUACACGAACAAUUUCAGCCAAGACUCACUACCAGGCGGUUGACUUUAACAUUUUCGAGGGAAUGACCUGUCAUGGGGUGGCAGAGGUGGUCAUUGUGCGUGGGAAAGUAUGCGUAGAUGAGGGCAAUGUACGUGUUGCCGAGGGUCAGGGUAGCUUCUUGGAGACUCCCGUGAAUCCCCCGUAUGUGUAUGAUGCUCUUGCUGGACGAAAGUUGGAGGAUGCAUGUAAUGGCGUGAAGAAGUUGGACAUUACGCAGAAUCUGGAAAUUGAAAUUCCAGAUCACAGUCACGAUACGCCACUGAUGUCAAGGGAUGCAUUCAUGUUAUCUGGUGCUCCUGCACUGCCUGGCGAUUCGAUGCCCUGCACUCCGUCCGGACGAGCCCCACGACAGGAGGGGCAGAGAAAUCUUCAGGACACAACGUUCUCAAUAAGCGAGGACCUCGAUACUGAACAUCGUACAUGCAUCCGAGUAAGAAAUCCACCAGGUGGUAAAUCCUCGGGCUUCUGGUAAUCCAUUGAUGUGCAAUAAAAAGACAAAGAUUCACUCCCAUCGUGCAGAAAAAAUCAGGCUGAAUAUCUUCUUCAGCCACUCAGAAAUAACAUUUUAGUAAAAAAGAAAAAGUUCUUAGAGCAUUAGAAUGAUAAAAAAAUGAUUGUACUUCAUCGCAAAAUAAGUACUAUUUAGUGUUAUACUUCUGUUUUUACCAAAAAAAGUAAUUUAAAAAUUAUUAAGUACCAAAAGAUUACAAUCUACCAACAACUAAUUGAUAGAAUAAUUAUUAUAUUGAUCAGAGAGUAGGAGGAAGUUUUUACUGAAAUAAUUAUUAAUUAAAAAAAAAGAAAAAAGAAUCAUUGCUACUGUGUAUUUGUAAGGACGCUUUAAAAAAAUUGAUAUAAUAUCCAAAAUUAAGACAAUUUUUAGCAUUUAUCGCAUAAAAUUUGCAAAAGAAAACAAUUCAGUCUGGACGCACACAUAAAAGUAAAAAAAAUGUGUAUCUAAUGUAUUUUUUAGUUAUUCAAAAUAUGUCUUUAAUUUUUUUGUCAGCAAUAAUAUAAAAUGGAAAGUUUUUAUGUACAAA